AUGGAGGAGCCGAUGGACGGCCGGCUGGGAAGGGCUCGUCCGCUGUAUAGCCGAAUGGACACCACAACUGUGGCCACGAUUACCACUACAGCCGACAAUCGGGAGUUCAUCUGCGGUCUGAUGGCGGCGUUGGUCAACAUUAACCUAACGUUUCCCAUCUCUAAAGUGAUAUUCAGGCAAAUGCUAUACGGAGUGCACAUCAAGAGCGCCAUCAAUCAGCUCCGAGUCGAGGGAUUGCGGUAUUUGUACCGCGGAAUCGGUCCGCCGUUGAUGCAGAGGUCGGUCACCAUUUCGAUAAUGUUCGGGACGUACGCCCAGUACCGGCGCCUCUUGGACUCGGCGUACGGCCAGUCACUGGUGCCCAACGGCACGGCUCGCCUGUGCGCGGCUGCGGUGAUGGCCGGCUCUACCGAAGCCGUGUUGACGCCGUUCGAGAGGAUCCAAAUGCUUCUGCAGGACAACCACUUUCACCGUCAGUACAACAACACGUUCGACGCGUUUGUGAAGCUCCGGGCGUACGGCGUGCGCGAGUACUACAGAGGACUGUCGGCCAUCCUGUGCCGCAACGGGCCGUCCAACGCGCUGUUCUUCUCGCUCAGGGGUGAGGCCAAGAACUAUCUGCCGGUGUUUGAGGGCUAUGAGAGCCGGUGGUGGUGUGCGCUCACCAAAGACUUCGUGUCGGGCGCGUGUGUCGGCGCGUUCAUCAGUAGUGUCUUUUACCCGAUUAAUGUGAUCCGAACUCAAAUGCAGACCAAAGCGCCCGGCAGUCCAUUCGUGUCCAUACCUCAGGCCUUUCGCAAUGUGUACGUCGAAAGGGACCGAUCGCUGCGUAAACUCUUUUACGGCGUUCACGUCAACUACAGCCGUGCGUUCCUCUCGUGGGGUGUCAUCAACGCCUCGUACGAAGUGUUCCGCAAAUUGCUGUACGACUAA